UGGACCCACGGCCACACGGUCACAUGGCCACACAGCCACGCAGCCACAUGGCCACAUGGCCACACGGUCACAUGGCCACACAGCCACAUGGCCACACAGCCACAUGGCCACACAGCCACAUGGCCACACAGCCACACGGCCACACAGCCACACGGCCACAUGGCCACAUGGCCACAUGGCCACAUGGCCACGUGGCCACAUGGCCACAUGGCCACAUGGACAUGGGCAAUCCUAUAG